AUGGCGGUAGGGGAGGCGCGUGUGCCGAUCCUGCACGGUGAGAGGCCGGUUCACAGCAGCAGUCCAACUAAGCAGACGGAGAAGCAUCACGAUUCGAGCCAGCUUGAGGUGCCUCGCCUCAGCAGAAGCAUGACGGUGGUGACGUCGCUGGUCGCCGGCGCGUCUGCUGGUGCGUUGGCGAAGACUGCGAUAGCACCUCUCGACAGAACCAAGAUCAACUUCCAAACAUCUCAGACGCCGUACUCUUGGCGCGCGGCGGUACGGUUCAUGCGGAUCAGCGCGCGCGCAGAGGGCGUGGUGGCGCUGUGGCGCGGCAACAGCGCCACCAUGGCUCGCAUCGUGCCCUACGCCGCCAUACAGUUCACCGCGCACGAGCAGUGGAAGCGAGUGCUGGGCGUCGACACCCCCCAGUCUGCCAAAGCCUAUCCCUUACUGCACCUGAUGGCAGGGUCCUUGGCAGGAGUGACGUCACAGAGCGCCACCUACCCUCUGGACUUGGCACGAGCGCGGAUGGCGGUCACCAACGCUCAGGAGUACAGCACUCUCAGGGCUGUGUUCGUCAAAGUAACCCGAGAGGAAGGUCUCAGAACCUUGUGCAGGGGUUAUCCAGCUACGGUGCUGGGCGUCAUACCAUACGCAGGAGUAGCUUUCUUCACGUACGACUCACUGAAGCACAAACAUUUAGAGUACUUCGGAACACAGCAAGGCCCGCUCACGAACGUGGUGUUCGGUGGCAUAGCUGGUGCGGUGGCGCAGAGCACGUCCUACCCGCUCGAAGUCGUGCGCAGGCGCAUGCAGACGUGCCGGCCCGGCGCCGACGGCCGCUACAACUACUCCACCAUCGGGGCCACGCUGAGCCUCGUGUACAGAUCUGAAGGCUGGCGCGGUUUCUUCAAAGGCCUAAGCAUGAACUGGGUGAAGGGCCCCAUCGCUGCGGGUAUAUCGUUAGCUACCUACGACUUCAUCAAAACCACGCUCAGAGAUGUAGCCGUUCACCUAGAGAGCUAG